AUGAAUAUUGUUGCUUGUGUUCUGAUAUUAAGCGCAUUUGUUCAACCAACAUUGAGUUUUACUAGUGAAUAUGAUUCUUAUGUGGUCCCAAACCCGCCAUAUCCAAAUGUAUACACUGCAAAUAAUGAAAAUUAUGUCAGAGAAAAAUGUGUAACUUGCUGUCGAGUACUUUUUGCUUCCGAAUACAAUUAUGUAGAUGAUAGGAAAUUCAUUGAUGAUGAUGAUAGAAAAGGAAUAACUCGCUAUGUAAUGGACACCGAAUUUGACGACAAAAGGUCAGUACGACAAUAUGAAGAUAGUUGGGAACAAAACAUAUUGAUGAGACCUUUAAAACAAGGCAAUGAACUCCAAUACUGGGAAUUUGCACCAUACAAAAUGUAUAUUUCCUUUGCCAUUCCAAGAAGAGUUCAUGAUAUUAGACAAGGCGCUGAGCCUGGAAACACUUUAAUUAUCUGGGAUAAAAAGCCUCCUUUGGAUAUCGAAACAAAAAACCAGAGAUUUGUGUAUGUCCAUCCAUAUGAUGGUUAUCCUUCCACCGAAUUUUACUCAAUUUACAAACAACACUUUUACAUACCAUUCCAGACUUCUUACAAACUCUGUUACCAAACAAGAAUUGAAGGAGAAAAAAGAUCGACUUGGGCUGGAAAUAAAAAAUUGGUUGUUAUAGGAAAAAGUUUCCAAAUUAAAGCAAAUUAUUGCGAUCCAUACGAACCAAGACAAAUGUUUGUGCCGGUUUUUGCUUAA